ACCCCAAUUUAUGAACAUGGCCUGGGUCGGAAACCAAUUAGGGUUUUGAAGAAGAGCCGUUCGUGGUAGUUCUCUCUCCGUGAAAAGAGUGUAGCAGGAUAUUAAUAGGAUAUUAAAAAAUCACGGAAAUAUGACUGAUAAUAUCGAACGAACAAAUAAUGAAACAGAAAAUCAAGAUUUGAACGAUUUACUGGAUAGUGCUUUACAAGAUUUUGAUAAAGUAUCCAUAUCAAAUGUAGAAAAGAGCAAUGACUUAAAUACAGUGGAUUCGCAGAAGCAAACAAAUAAACAUGAAACGUCUGAAGACAAAUGGACAGAAGAUUUUCUCAAACAAACAGCUGAUCAGUUUGAAAAAAAUUUACAAAAUUUAUUGCAAAAUGAAGAUAGCGAACUGGAAGCUGCUUUACAGAAGUUUGGACAAAUGUCAGCCAAUAAUGCAGUGGAUGAAAAAAAUGUAAAUGUAGAUUUUCAAUCAGCUGUUUCACAAGUUUUAAAGGAUUUAACUGCAAAUUCUGAAAAUUUACAG